CUCCAUACAUCUCUUCAAUUUGCAACAGUUUCGACAUAAAUCUGCAAGAUUGUGCCCUCGAUCUGCCGUCAAUUUUAAUUUUUUUUUCCUUCCCUUCAGAUCCAGAUAGCAGUUCAGAAUUAUGAAGGUCGGUGUUCUUUACUCUCUAGCUACUCUUCAUAUUUCCACUCUUUCUUAGGCUUGAAUAUUCCCUUUUCAAAAGCUGGCUGAUUGCUAAAGCAAAUCCAUGGCUGUGAUCAAUUUAUGGGUUUCCUUUCAGUUUUUUUUUACUUUCUUUUUAACACGAUCUCGACUCUCUUUCAGAAAUUAGUGUUGAAAUUGGAUAUGCACGAUGACAAGGACAAGCAGAAGGCCAUGAAGAUCGUCUCUAGCCUUUCAGGGGUGGACUCAAUCGUGACAGACAUGAAGGAGAGAAAACUGACGGUGACAGGGGACAUUGACCCGGUCAACGUGGUGAGCAAGCUGAGGAAGUCGUUCCGCCGGACGGAGAUCGUCACCGUGGGGCCGGCGACGGAGCCGAAACCACCGGAGAAGAAGCCGCAGGGAGAAGGCGGCGGCGGGGGAGGCGGGCAGCAGAAGAAAGACGACCAGGGUAAGGGCAAGGGCGACAAUCAGCAACAACAGCAGCCGAAGAAAGAUGCUGCCGAUCAGGGGAAGAAGAAAGAUGGGCCGCCGUCCGGCGGCGGGAAUUCCAAAGAGGCCCCGCCGCCGCCGCCGGCGGUCAGGGAGAUUCCGUACGGGAUGGUGAAUUAUCAUGCCUACAGAAACGAAUACUACCCUCCGCCGCCGAUGACCACUUAUUACUACGCCCGGCCGCCGCCGCCGAGUGCGGAGGAAGACCCCAACUCUUGCGUCAUCUCGUGACGUCGUUUCACCGGCGGGGGAAGAGAGUUUUCCCGGCGAGUUUUAGCUUACAUGAAGAAUCGUUUUAAAGAUAAAUGUCUAGUGCUUGUACAGAAUGUCAGGCUUGGGUUGUGACUUGUGAGACUGUGAGAGCUUUGUUCUGUUCUUGAUGCUAGCUGGAUUUUUUGGCCAGCUUAAUAGUUGUUGCUAGGACCUUUUUUUAAUAGUAUUUUGAUGGUUGUGAUGUAAUUUACAUGAGACUGAAUAAUGCAUUGGAGGUCUAUGUAAUGAUUUAGGGCUCUAAUUUUUCUAAUCAAUGCGAGAGAUUUGUAGGA